AAAGAGCCGUUUCAAAAAAGGCUUUCAUAUGAACAGUAUAUAGAAUUACGGAAAUGUUCUUUUUGGUGUGAAUAAACGAAAUCGAUCGAUUUAAAACUGUAUUAAUGUAUGAAAUACAAAAUGUACAUUGAAAAGAGGUCUGAAUUCUGGUUUUAUUUGAAUACACUAGGUGCAGAUAUGGAUGAAACGUCGAUAAAAAGCUUUCAGUUAUUUAUAUUGGAUGUAUUGAUUUGGUAGUGUAUAUUAAAAUUUAUAUUUCAAAAUGUUUUCGUGUUUGAAAAUGUCCUGUUGAGUCGUGAUUCGUACGUGCAUACGUGAAACAAAUAUUGUUCUAUAACAAGAAUUAAUACAGGAUUUAUGCCAGACCCAUUCUUCAACUGGAUUUUGUAUAUUGUAUCAUUUUCAAUGCGAAUUUUUGAAUACUGGAUCUUUAGUAAAACAAAUGAGAAAAAAAUAACAUGAUGUGAAUUUGAAAAUCAUCAACAAAAGGGCGAUUGCUUUGAAAGCAUCAUCUGUUAAAGAAGAUAUCAAUGAUGACCGAGAGAAAUUUUGCUGUUGCGCAACUUCCAGGAGAGACAGCCGGUCAAACUUUAUCCAUCUCCAGACUCCGAAAUCACAGAAGUACAAAUGACACCUCCCGCGCUCAGCUGGUCUCCAGUGACGUCAAUAGGGAACCAAGAAGACCUUCUAUGAGCUUGGAACCAUCCAGGCACGAACAUGGUCCCCGAUCACGGAAUACAAGACGGGGAAGUCUGCAAGUGCAAAGAAGACCCAGUCAAGUGACUGAGGAACGGAUGGCUUCAAACGCGCUUGGAGAGAGUAUACAACAAAGUGACGACUUUUCACGAACUGACAUAAAUCGCGAUAGAAGAAUUUCAAACGGCCAUGUAGCUAGAUACAAUAAUAAUGUCAGAGAUGCUCACGUGCCUAGAGACACUCACGUGACAAGGGACGCUCAUGUGACAAGAGACACUCACGUGGCAAGAGAUACUCACGUGACAAGAGAUACUAGUGACAAUAGUAGAAGAUAUUCUGAACACUCGCAUUAUCAUCAACGUCCUGUAACAGAACCAAUGACGUUACGGGAUCUACCACCGGUUGACGUUGUACAUAGGCGGAGGGAUUUCCAAGGAGUUUCAUCAGCAAGGACGCGCGGAAGUAGUACCUAUGAUGAUUUACAAGAAAAGGACGAUCGUUAUGUUGUCCCGGCACUACCUAUGCCUGUAGCAAUCAUUUGUUGUGUUCUUAAUUUCAUUAUACCCGGAUUCGGUUCUAUGGCCGCUUCGUUAUGUAUAUUUUGCUGUGCAAAAACCGAGGACAUGACUUGCGGGGAAAAGCUCGGCUCUUGCUGCACGGUGUUUGGUAUUGGGGUUCUUCAGUUGCUUCUAGUCGCUUGCUUCCUCAUUGGAUGGAUAUGGAGCUGUAUUUGGGGAAUUACGUUUAUUGGAAUGUCAGCAUCCUACUACCACGACGAUGAUUAUAUUGACGACUAUUACACAGAAACUAACAAUCCUGCUUACCGGGGUCGAGUGCGCGGGCGCACACCGCUCCCAACGCCCCAGGUGGUCGAAGAUCAGCCAUACCCGGGAAUCCGCUAUGAAGAUAUCCAACGGCAGCGCCAACGACGUCGGGAAGCUCAACGUCGGACAAGAUCACGAAUAUCUCUCACGCCGUCUAAUCUGAUAUACCCUAUGAGGGCGCCGUCAAAUAUUGCGUAUAAUUCACCACCGCCGCCGUAUCAGAGUAGCCGAUCUCCACCACCGGCUUAUCAAAAUAACACAAGUGGAGGCUUAAAUUAUGAAAAUAGUGGGAGACCAAGACAGAAUGAUGAAGCAAUAGAAGAAGAAGUGCAUAGAUGACAGUGCCCCAUAUCUUUCAUUUACAUACAUGGCUGCAUUAUAGACAUUUUUAUAAAAUGCCUAGGUUUUGAUGUAAUUUGUUACUUUGUUUUAAAU